CGUCAACGACCGUGCGCUAAAGUCCGCCGUCGUCGCAUUCAUUCCUCGACCGGAUCGCGGAGUGGUUAGAAAAUCGGCCACCAUGGUGCACUACGCAAGAUUGCUGAACGUUCAGGCCAAGCGCGUCGCGCUGUACGCGGUUGAUGCGCAGCAGCGCAACUUCCACGCGGCGUGCGCCCUCUCGGCGAAGGUGGCCCUGUCCAAGUUCGACACGGACGUGUACCUGCCGUACGAGAAGCUCCAGAAAAACGUGGAGACGGUGAAGAAGCGGCUGGGACGCCCGCUGACGCUGAGCGAGAAGAUCCUGUACGGCCAUCUGGAUGACCCGAAGAACCAGGAGAUUGAGCGGGGCGUUUCGUACCUGCGACUACGGCCGGAUCGUGUGGCCAUGCAGGACGCGACCGCGCAGAUGGCGAUGCUGCAGUUUAUCUCGUCGGGUCUGCCGAGGGUGGCCGUUCCGUCGACGAUCCACUGCGAUCACUUGAUUGAGGCGCAGGUCGGCGGUGAGCAGGAUCUGGCCCGCGCGAAGGAUUUGAACGCCGAGGUGUACAAGUUCCUGUCGACGGCUGGUGCCAAGUACGGGGUUGGCUUCUGGAAGCCAGGUUCGGGUAUCAUUCAUCAGAUCAUUCUGGAGAACUACGCUUUUCCGGGUCUGCUGAUGAUCGGAACCGAUUCGCACACCCCGAACGGUGGAGGUUUGGGCGGUCUGUGCAUUGGCGUUGGUGGUGCCGACGCCGUCGAUGUGAUGGCCAACAUCCCGUGGGAGCUCAAGUGCCCCAAGGUGAUUGGUGUUCACCUGUCUGGCAAGAUUAGCGGCUGGACCUCGCCCAAGGAUAUCAUCCUGAAGGUUGCGGACAUCCUGACCGUCAAGGGCGGUACCGGAGCGAUCGUGGAGUAUUACGGCACGGGUGUUGAGUCGAUCUCGUGUACUGGAAUGGCCACCAUCUGUAACAUGGGUGCUGAAAUUGGUGCCACCACGUCGACCUUCCCCUUCAACAAGCGUAUGGCCGACUACCUGGCCGCUACCGGCCGCGCUGGCAUCGCCUCCGAGGCCAAGAAGUACGAGGAGAGCGUCCUGUCGGCCGACCCCGGUGCCAAGUACGACGAAAUUAUCGAAAUCAACCUGGACACGCUGGAACCGCACGUCAACGGACCGUUCACGCCCGAUCUGGCCCACCCGAUCAGCAAGCUGGGCGCCAACUCCAAGAAGAACGGCUACCCGAUGGACAUCCGCGUAGGCCUCAUCGGCUCCUGCACCAACUCCUCGUACGAGGACAUGGGCCGGUGCGCGUCGAUCGCCAGGAACGCCAUGAAGCACGGCAUCAAGUCGAAGGUGCCGUUCAACGUGACGCCCGGAUCGGAGCAGAUCCGCGCCACGAUUGAACGCGACGGCAUCGCCAAGACGUUCAAGGAGUUUGGCGGCACCGUGCUGGCGAACGCCUGCGGACCCUGCAUUGGCCAGUGGGACCGUCGCGACGUCAAGAAGGGCGACAAGAACACCAUCGUGACCUCGUACAACCGUAACUUUACCGGCCGUAACGACGCUAACCCCGCGACGCAUUGCUUCGUGACCAGCCCCGAACUGGUGACGGCCCUCUCGAUCGCCGGCCGCCUGGACUUCAACCCGCUCACGGACGAGCUGACCGGUGCCGACGGCAAGAAGUUCAAGCUGGACGCUCCGUUCGGCGAUGAGCUGCCCCAGAAGGGAUUCGACCCCGGCAUGGACACGUACGAGGCUCCCCCAUCGGACGGCUCCAAGGUGCGCGUCGAUGUUGACCCCAAGAGCCAGCGGCUGCAGCUGCUGAAUCCGUUCGACACCUGGAACGGCAAGGAUCUCACCGACAUGACCGUGCUGAUCAAGGUCAAGGGCAAGUGCACCACCGACCACAUCUCGGCGGCCGGACCGUGGCUGAAGUACCGUGGCCAUCUGGACAACAUCUCCAACAACAUGUUCAUUGGUGCCACCAACAUCGAGAACAACGAAAUGAACAAGAUCAAGAACCAGGUGACGGGCGAGUGGGCCGGCGUUCCGGACGUGGCCCGCUUCUACAAGGCCAAGGGCAUCUCGUGGGUCGCCGUCGGCGAUGAGAACUACGGCGAGGGCUCGUCCCGCGAGCACGCCGCCCUGGAACCCCGCCAUCUGGGUGGCCGCGCCAUCAUCACCAAGUCGUUUGCCCGUAUCCACGAGACGAACCUGAAGAAGCAGGGCAUGCUGCCGCUGACCUUCGCCAACCCGGCCGAUUACGAUUUGGUCCAACCCCACUCCAAGAUCUCGCUGCUCGGCCUGGAGAAGCUGGCCCCCGGCAAGCAGGUCGACUGUGAAAUCAAGACCGACGGCAAGGUGUCCAAAAUCAAGCUGAACCACUCGUUCAACGAGCAGCAGAUCGACUGGUUCAAGGCGGGCAGUGCGCUGAACCGCAUGAAGCAGAUCGCCGCCAAGAACUAAAUCUUCGUGGUUCGAAGUGUGUGCGAGAGAGAGAGAACGAACGAACGCUUUUUCGAACUGCGCGCGCAAGCUAAGGAAGCGGCCCGUACAAAUAGUGUGUAGAGGAGUUUGAAGCGAACAACACAGUUAAUCUACUUAAGUGAAAAUAACUCUCCCAUCAGGAUAUGCUAGAUGUCAGUUUUAGAGACGAUAGUGUGGAAAUGUUUUUUUAAUUGUAAAUAGGCUCUGCAUGAGAACCGCUAACUUAACCAGCACGCAGCAACAGUUUACAAACAUUUAGAUGGACUAAUAUAUGAUACAUUUAUCCCCCUUCUGCGGUAGUUUUGAUUGUACUGAGUUAGCAAAAGUUUUCAUCAUUACACGUAGGGCAGAAACUAACCGAUUAUGAUUUUCGAGUGCCACACAAGGUCAAUUGUACGACCUACACACAAAUACCAAAUUGAUAUCCUAACUUCCAGAUUAUCUAGAAGAACAGUUUAGAACUCUGUUUUUGUGUAGUCUUCUUUUUCGCCUGCGACAAUAAAUUAUGGUAAACAACAAUUAUGAUACAUA